AAAAAUAAGAUUCCCCGAUUGUGUUAAUAACAAGUUCUAGCCAUGGCAUUUCUACAACCAGCCUCCCUAGUGUUCACUGUACGAAGGCACGAACCGGAGCUCAUUGUCCCGGCUGAACCGACCCCUCACGAGUGUAAGAUGCUAUCAGACGUCGACGACCAAGACGGCCAUCGUUUUCAAAUUCGAGGACUCCAUAUUUAUCGGUCCAACGCCAGCAUGCAAGGGAUGGAUCCCGUUAGGGUUAUAAGAGAAGCACUUGCGAAAGCCUUAGUGUUCUAUUAUCCAUUUGCUGGUAGAAUAAAGGAAGGGCCUAACCGGAAGCUUAUGGUGGAUUGUACCGGGGAAGGUGUGCUGUUUAUCGAGGCUGAUGCUGAUGUUACACUCGAAGAUUUUGGUGAUUCACUUCACCCUCCAUUUCCCUGUUUCAAUGAGCUUCUUUGUGAGCCCCUUGACUCCAAUGGUUUGUUAAACUGUCCGGUGUUACAAAUUCAGGUGACACGUUUGAAAUGUGGCGGUUUUAUCUUUGCUCAUCGAUUCAAUCACACUAUGAGUGACGCUGUUGGGUUGAUUCAAUUCAUGUCUACCAUGGGCGAAAUAGCACGAGGUGCAGUGACUCCCUCAAUCCCACCAGUUUGGGAAAGACACCUCUUGAAUGCUCGAAACCCACCGGUCGUAACAUGCGAGCACCACGAGUACGACCACUCGACGGCCGCCAUGGGUACAAUCAUGCCUACAGACAACUUGGUUCACCGCUCUUUUUUCUUCGGGCCAACUCAAAUUUCAGCUCUUAAAACACUCGUCUCCGACAACCUCCGUUGUUCAACAUUCGAUGUCUUAACCGCAUGCAUAUGGCGCUGUCGUACCAAAGCCUUGGAACUCGGUCCCCACGAAGACGUUCGGUUCAUAUGCAUAGUCAGCGCAAGGUCCAAAUUAAACCCUCCUCUGCCAUUGGGGUAUUACGGGAACGUACUGGGGUACCCCGCCGCUAAAACAACUGCAGGGAAACUAAGCCAAAAUCCAUUAGAAUAUGCAGUAAAGCUAGUGAAGGAGGCCAAGGCAAAGGUUACCGAAGAGUACAUGAAAUCGACGGUGGAUUUGAUAGCGAGUAGUGGACGACCAAAUGUUAACACGGUUCGAUCAAUCAUCGUGUCGGAUCUGACUCGAGCAAGGUUCAGGGAGGUUGAUUUUGGGUGGGGUAACGCAGAGUUUGGUGGACCGGCGAAUGGUGGAGAUACUAUAAGCUUUUAUAUACCCUGGAAGAAUAAGGAGGGGAAAGAAGGGAUUGCUGUCCCGGUUUGCUUGCCUGCACCUGUUAUGCACAGCUUUGCUAAGGAGAUUAAUCGAAUGUUGAUAGGCGCCGGUGAAGCAACUGCUGCUUAGACUGAUUAUUCUACUAGUUUGUGGCAUGGAAUUUGCAAUAUAGUUGCUUAAAAGGUUAAGCUUUAGAUAAAAAAUAGUUUCAUAUAGCUGCUAAAGAUAUUUUGUUGUAAUAUGUUUAGGUUGAAGAUGUUUAUAUAUAUAAAAAUGAGCUGUAAGA